GAAAAGAACAUAACUAGUCAUUUAGAUUAAGCAAUGUCAAAAGAAAGCUAUCACUUAAUCAACAUGUUACAAGUGCACGUCGACUGAGACUAUCCGGUAGAGCAGGUUGUUUAGGAUUAUCCUCAAAAGAAUGACGCAAAAGACACUAACUCAAACAGGAAGUAACUCCAUGGCUGUAUUGUCAGUAUUCUCAAGACUUUGUACAGGCUAUCUAGAAUACUCCUAAUUUAUACAAGGAGGCUUAUGCGCAGAAUAAUCAGGUGUUCAAGGUUAACUGCAGGAGAGCCAAAUAGCUGAAGCCUGUAAGAGGAGCCACCAAUGGAAUUUGCUUGUAAAUGUAUCUAUGUUCCACCAUCAGCCAGUCAGAAAGAAGCCCAAAAACCAAAUCCACAUGUCUUUAAACGUUCAGCCCUCCUGCCUCCUGUCAACAAAGUUCGUCCACGCACCCCGCCCCCCCCUCCCCCUUCAGCGGCCUCCACAGAACUCAAACCCCCCCUAGCCCCCCAUCCAGCAACCGGCACAAAGACCGAGAAUGGGAUAAAAGGCUCAAGCCCCUCCCCCCUGUAUGAGAAUACUGCCUUUCAUCUCAACCCUGGCACACCCCGGCCACAACAGUCCACGCCGACUCGUAGGACAGCACUUCUACCACCAACCAUGAGAGCAUCACAGACAAACGCCCAAUCACAACCCACUAGCACUGAGCCAAUCUUGACGUCUAAUUUCCCUGGCUGCGGUCCAAGCAAUGACGUCUCAGGGGAAGACCCGUGUGAUCCAGAAUACACCUACAUUAUGUCAGAGGGUGGCGAGGAGGACCUGAGGCCGCCGACAACGUCUGGUUCCUCUACACCUCCGCCGCUCCCACCUAGACCAUGGUUCUUAAAUUUGAUCCCAGAUUACAUGGUUGUGUUACCUUCCACUGCUCCAUCCCCCUCCUCCUCUUCCUCCUCUUCCUCCUCUAGUAAACCACCACUGGCUCCUCAGCAAGACCUGGGUAAAGUAGAUACAGGACCACUUCUGGGGAAUCCCAAUGUGAUCCUUAUCAGUUUGGGAAGACUGCUCUCAGAGGAAAACGUGCUCACUCUCCAGGGAGAGCCCACCUCCUGCUCUCAGUGUGGAUCUGUGCUGGAGUCCUGCUAUGACAAUGUGGUGGAGAGGUGUUAUUACUGUCAGUCAUGGGAGCCAGCGUCACCCCCUUCCCUCUCUGACUCCCUCCCGCUUCCGCCUCCGCCUCUCCUUCCCCCAAACGGCUGCAAGGACAGCCUCUUCCUCCUGUCCCCUGACGACAGGACCGUGUCGCCUGACGAUGCCCUGCUCAUCUUCUGCAUAGACAUCUCUGGCUCCAUGAGCAUGACCUGCCAGGUGUUUGAAGGACACCAUGUCGUCUACAAGUCAAGACUUCAGUGUGUUCAGGAAGCGGUGAUGCAGAGUGUUCAGAAACUGAGUUGGGCUCGACCUCACACGCGUGUGGGACUCAUCACCUUCAACAACCAGGUGACUCUGCAUGGAUAUGAGAAGAUCAGCUCACGUUUUCUGUGGGGAGCUGAGCUGGUGGACAGCGAGUAUCUAAAGGAGGCUGCCUUCAGCUUUCCCAGCCCACCUCCCCUCUCCAGGACCAGGGACGACCUACAGAGAGAGGUCCUGGGAUUGGUAGAGAGUGGAGCCACAGCUCUUGGCCCUGCUGCUGUCCUGGCCAUUGCAAUGGCUUCUCGACAUCCAGGUUCAAAGGUUAUAAUCUGUACUGACGGGAAAGCCAACACAGGGCUGGGUAAUCUUGAAGUGGAAGACAGCGAUGCCCGCGCUCUUCUGUCCUCCAUCAUCUUCUACCAAGACCUGGGAGAGUAUGCGGCCUGCCAGGGGGUGACGGUGUCAGUGUUGUCCAUGGAGGGUACAGACUGCAGGCUGGAUGAGCUGGGGAGACUGGCAGACCGCACUGGGGGAGACGUGGUGAUAGCAAGCCCGCAUCAACUGCACACUGUGUUUGAGGACAUCAUCGAGAACAGGGCCAUAGCCACUCACUGUAGUGUUGCUUUGCUACUCCCAAAGGCACUACGUGUUAAAGGAGAGAAACAAGCAGGACACCGAGGGACCAAAGAAGUUGGGAACGUGGUGUCCGACACAGAAAUUACCUUCCAGUUUGGUGCCAGGGAUCUCCAGUCAAGAGAACAGAAGGUGUCAGGCCUGGCCCCUGGCAGCUAUGUGUCCAUCCAACUGCAGGUCAGUUACAGAAAGAUGGAUGGACAGAGUAUGCUCAGAGUUCUGACUGUUGACAGAGAAGUGACUGAUGACAGUGUGACAGUCCUCUCCUCCUUAUCCUGUGAAAUCAUCCAGCUCAACUCGUCCCAGGCUAGCGCUGCCCUGGCUGUGAGGGGCCGCUUCCUGGAGGCCAGGAGAGAGGGGGAGGUGCAGAGGAAACUGUUAGAGAGAUCCCUAGAGCAUAAUCGCAGUGUGGAGGACAGCGAGAUUUACAAGGCAUGGGUAAAAACCAUGGAUCCUAUAAACAACAGUAUACACAACUACACAAGGAAACAGUCUGUACUCUCCGACUCACAGACCCUAACAGACCAGGGUGCAGAACUUCUCUUCAGAAUGAAGAACACCAACCGAGGGUCCUUGUCGCUGCAGAACUAGCACAAAGCAUGAAUGGUGGCCACACAAGUUUUCUGUUUGGUUUCUUGUCCGAAUGCAGUGAAUUAUGAGGGAUUGGCUUCUACUCACAGGCAAUGAAGAUGGACAUACCAACACUGCACAUGUAACCUUAGCUUUAAGUAUCAACUGUAAAUAUUGGACUCUGUACUGUAAAUACAACUAUUCUUGAAACGGA